AACCUUACGAGUGGAAUGAUAAUGAAAGGAUUGGUCAAGUUGUUGGGCUGAAAAAUACGAAUCCAGAGUUAAAAGUUUAUGGAGUAGUUGGUGGAUGGAAUGCUGCUAGUACUGAUUUAUCAAGCAUAGUCGCAUCAGAAGCUAAUAUAACCACGUUCGCAAAGAAUGUCAUCGUUAAACUCCGCGAAUGGAAAUUGGAUGGAUUCGAUGUAGAUUGGGAAUUUCCCGGUGCCGUUGAACGAGGUUCAUCUCCGGCCGAUAAACAGAGAUUUACUACUUUAUUAAGAAUUUUAAGAAGCGAAUUUACAUUGGAAUCUCAGACAUCUGGAAAGCCGCCUUUAGACCUGAUCAUUGCAGUAUCUUCAAGUCCAUGGUUUGCUAAUCGAGCUUACGAACACAGUACCAUACACCAAUAUUUAGAUUUUAUAAAUGUAAUGAGCUAUGAUCUAGCCGGAACGUGGUUGCCUAGCGUACAACAUCACAGUGCUCUAUAUCCAGCUACAAGUUUCAGUUCGGACUGGGAUAUGGAGCGGGCUAUAGAUUAUUGGAUUGGUAAAGGUGUUCCAGCUAAUAAACUCAUGUUAGGUCUAUCAACAUAUGCCAGGAAUUUUGUAAUCAGUAGCGGAACUCAACAUGCACCUGGAUCGCCUUCUCAUGGCGCUGGUGGUUCAGGGGAAUUUACAGGAAUGGCGGGUUUUCAAUCGUAUUAUGAGAUGUGUAAUUAUGUAAAAAAUAAAGGCUGGGUUUCUGUAUGGAGUGACGAACAGUCGGUACCUUAUGCGUAUGGUCAAAUCUAUGGAGCGUGGAACUGGGCAGGUUAUGAUACACCCAGAAGUUUUACUGAAAAGUCUAAGUACGUUAAAACGAGGGGAUUAGCCGGGGUGUUUGUAUGGUCGUUAGAUUUUGAUGAUUUUAAUGGCGAAGCAUGUGGUCAGGGAUCAUACCCUCUACUCAAUGCAAUUAAAAAUGAGUUAACCGACGAGGGAGUGGAUACGACUACAUCUCCAACUACAUCUCCGACUACUCCUCCAACUACAUGGCCAACUACAUCGCCAACUACAUCUGCGACUACACCUCCAACUACAUCGUUAACUACACUUACGACUACUCCUCCAACUACAUCGCCAACUACAUCUGCGACUACUCCUCCAAUUACAUCUGCGACUACAACCACUACAAAUAUCAACAGUGCAACAACAUCACCUACAACGACAACAUCGAGUCCUACUACAUCACCAACGAAGUCACCCACUACGAGUCCGACAACAUCGCAAACCACCACCUCCACCAACAUGAGUGGUAAAUUUGUACCGUCAUGUGGUGUCAAUGGAUAUGGAGGUAACCCCAAUGAUUGUACUAUAUUCUAUCACUGUGCUCAUAAUGUUGUAUAUACGAAACACUGUCCACCCGGUUUGGCAUUUGACUCAAAACUUUUGAUAUGUAACUGGCCUUAUUUAGUUCCUGGGUGUAACUAAAUGUCGACUCAUUGACUCUACCGUGACGUGUUUUCCAGGAAUUAUAAAGAACUGCAUUCAUUUGAUUUGUAUGUGAAUUGUCGAUUGAAGUCCGGUACAUUCACUAAUUGGACGGGUAAUUAUUUUAGUUGUCGACAGUUCAAGUAGCAAAAUGCAACAGCAUGCGCUAAAUAUUAUCGACUUCCGCAAAAUUUGGAGAAAUGAAAGGCGUAGUUCUGCCGUAUCAAUUAUAUGGAUGCAAUUGUAUUGAUUUUGAUUUAAAAAUAAUAGAUUUUAUCCUUUGUAAGGAAAAGUACAAUUUAAUAAUCCCCCAUUCCUCUUUUUCAACGAAUGUCUUUCAAAAUAUUUUAUGUUUUAAAAAUAUAUCUAUAUUGCAUAAUCAAUAUUAUUAAUGUUUUAAAAGAUAUACAGUAUUAAUAACUGUUUCCUUUACAUCAUGUUGAUGUUGAUAUUGUAAUAAUUAUACUACUUUGAGUUAUAUACUUUUAUUUUUGUAUUAAAUGUUUUUAUCUACGGGUAAACUUGUCCAAGAAGUGAUGCCCCUUUAUUUUGAAAACCUGAUAUUAUCAGUAGCUUCAAUUGUUGUGACAACUAUCCUAUCCAUGUACUUUAAUUAGCAACCCCAGAAACAUUUGAAAUUUGAACAAAAUAAAUCUAUACGUGUUACCUUGA